GCCUGAGGCAGGUGAUAUGAAGAAGAGAGAGAGGUCACCGUGUCAAGUGGAGUUCUGCGAGGAGAGAGUUGAACUGGUGAACGACGGCUGCCAGCAACAGACACACACCUACCAGCUGCAGAACCGCGGCCCAGGCUCCGUGAGGGUACGGGCGGCCAUCGGAGCCGACAGCGACCCUGUGUUUGUUCUGCUGAGUGGUGGCGAGGAGAAGUACGUGGCUCCAGGUCUGAAGCUGCCCGUGGUCCUCCAGUACUCUCCUAAGGGAGAUGAUGAUGCCUGCCAUCAUCGUGGCAGUCUGGAGGUGUUUGUCAACUCCAGUCUCUCUCUCACCAUUCCCAUCUCUGCUGUUCCUCGGAGUCCCAGACUCCACCUGAGUGAGGAGGUGGUGGACGUGGGGUGUCUGGUGACAGAGAACCAGAUCCACACCACCUCCUUCUCCCUCUCCAACCUCGGGACUCGCGAGGGAGACUUCUUCAUCGACACCUCUCCUCUCCCGGCCUGGAUCUCCCUCCAACCCACCACUGGCCACCUACCACCUCUACAGUCCACUAGAAUACAGAUGGAGAUUUUGUGCAAGGGAGAAAUUGAAUUCUCCUAUGCUCUCAGAAUCAGUACUUCAGCUCCACCCACUGCUGUUGACACCGCAGUUGCUAAUACUGGUGGUGAGGGUGAGGAAGAGGAGAAGGCAGCUCCUUCUCUCCUCCUGACAGUGUGUGGGAGACUGGAGUCCAGAGCUCUCAGGGUCCUGGACCCUCUCUCCCUCUCCUCCCUCCCCUCCCUCUCCUUCCCACCCACCUACUAUGACACAACUACCUCCAGGUUCUGUUUGUGGCAGUCUAAUACUAGAGAAUGCAACACAUUUUUGGGGAGCGAAAGUGAGCAGUUCAAUAUUUCAGGGGUGGUUUACGCGUAUUUAGAAUCACUUACUAGAACCUCAUUAAGGUGCUUGUGCAUUAGAUUCCUG